AUGCCGAGCGAUGACGUAAAGAUCGUCUCGUGCGCCGUCGGCCGGUAUCACACCGUCGCGCUCGCCGCCGACGGGACGGUGCUGACGUUCGGGCUGAACGACAAGGGGCAGCUCGGUCGUGCGGGGACGUACGGUGUCGCGGACGGGGACGCGUGCGUCUGCGACAGCGGCGGCGGAUGCGCGUGCGGCGGCGAGGGGGAGGGGGGUGCACGGAUCGGGGGGGAUGCCCGGACACAGCUGGCGUACGAGGAGGGCGACGCGUGCGUCGGCGGCGCGGCGUGUCGGGACGGCGUCGCGCGGGCGGUCGACCUGUCCGAGUUUGGCACCGCCGCCGUCGCCGUCGCCGCCGGUCGAUACGCCACCGCGGCGGUGCUCGCGAGCGGCGAGGUGGUGACGUGGGGUCUCAACCUCUGCGGCUCGAGUCGAGGCGAAGCGGAUGAUGCGAAAAAUUCCUCCUCCGACGGCGCGCCGCCUCCGAUCACGCGCGAAUCGUUGCUCCGCGACCCGCGCGCCGCCGCGACGCCGAGGCUCGUGCGGGGCCUCGCGAGCGAGAGCGGGGGCUCGAAACCCGUCGUCGUCGUCUUCGGGUACGCGCACAUGGCGAUCCUGACGGACGACGGGGAGCUGUACACGUGCGACACGGGGUUCGACGGAUACGCCGGGGGGCUCGGUUCGAAAUACACGCCAAACGGGGAUAAGCGGCUGGGCAGGGACGCGCCGGACGAGGCCUCCGCGCUGGCGCCGCGGCGCGUCCACGUCGGGGGUGCCCAGGGGGGUGCCCAGGGGGGUGCCGACGGUGGGGGCUCGAAGGUUUCCGCCGUUUCCCUCGGCCGAUGCCACGCCGCGGCGGCGACGACGAACGGCGAGAUGUUCGCCUUUGGCUGCGGCGCGCUCGGGGGGAAAGACCCGCGCGGGUUUCCUGUGCGGGUGCCGGACGCGCCGUCCGACGUGUACGACGUGGCGUGCGGCGAGUACUUCACCCUGGCCUCCACCGCGGACGGCGGAUUGUUCGGAUGGGGCGACGGUAACUCGGGGCAGCUGGGGACGAGCGGAGACGGGAAAAAGGACAACGCCGCCGUCGAGAUUGAUCUCGGGGCGAGGCUCGGGGAGAAGACGAGGGUGGUGGCACCCGUGGCGGGAUAUCAGCACGCGAUGGCCAUCGCCGUGCCGGGGGAGAGCUAG